AUGACAAGUGUCGGCUUGCCGUUCGCCUCAGCAACCGGACGAACCGGUUGUCUGGUUGCCGUGCCUAACCCGCCUCAACCCGCCUCCUCGGACAACUGUCUUUUGCCGACCUCACACGCACCAUUUACCGGCCCCACUGCCUCCUCUUUCUUCUGCCAUCGCCAUCCUCUUUCCCUCUUCCGUGCUCUCUCUCUUCACCUCGCCACCUCUGCCUCUUGCAUAAACCCUCCAAUGCACACGACGACACAAUACACCACAGAACAGGACUGUACAGUACAGUACAGUACAGGACAGGACAGGACAGGACAGGACGGCAGACUCCACGAGCGCAGCACAGGCCGGCUGAGUCUACAGGCUUGGCGGGCACAAGCUCAGGCCGGAAAAGAUGAGGCGACCAGUCGAGGCUAG